AUGUUUCCCACGCUGCGACGCCUCGUGGGGAUUGGGGCGGAUGACGCCGAGGACAGGACUCUCUGGAUGGACGACCACACGUGCAAGGUCUGCUACGAGUGCGACACGCCGUUCACGAUCCUGCUGCGGAGGCACCACUGCCGGGUCUGCGGGCGCAUCUUCUGCCACCGGUGCACCCAGUUCCUGUCGCUGGCGCCCGGGGAACCGCCCAAACGGGUCUGCAACUUCUGCUUCUCCCUCAGCACGUACUCUCCCGCAGGCCACUCCAACGUAGCCCCCCCGAACGUCAUAUCGCCCCGUGGCAGCAUCGUGCACGCCGCCCCCGGCGCGGACGCCCCCCACGCGCACACCCGCGGCAACAACAACGCAGGCCCCGAUGCCAGCACGGGGCACGAGUCGCGAGCCGACAGCCUCGGACGCGACGGCGGCGACGAGGGUGGCCCGCGCGUCAACGGAGCUGUCGGCCCUGCCGCCGUGGCCCCGCCUGCGUCAGCUGCGUCAGGCCCCCCCUCGCAAGGGGUGCAACAUCCCGCGCCGGAGACGCGGAAGCCGUUGCUCGACGUGGCGCGCGCGCACUGCGAGGCGGUCAUGCGCCUCGUGUUCGACAGGUGGCCCGAGCUCCGAGGCCUCCCGCACGAGUGGCGCGCGGCAGCCGCUGCGCUUGCGUGGGACGCUGCGACGCGCCUCGACCUGUCGCAGCUGGCGGAGACCGGAGAGGGGCGGUCCCCGCUGCGCUACAUUCAAGUCGUCGGCUGCGUGGACACCGCGGCGGGCGCGGACGCGGCCGGGGAGGUCGUGUCGGGCGCGGUGCUGGCCCGCAACGUGGCGCACCGGCGCAUGCGGACGCACGUGGACGAGCCGCGCGUGGCGUGCCUCCUCGGCGCCCUCGAGUACCACCGCACCACCGACCGGCUGUCGUCGCUGGACACGCUUCUCGAGCAGGAGCGUGAGUAUCUUGCGCAGGCCGUGGAGUUCAUCUGUCGUGCGGGGCCGAGCGUGCUUCUCGUGGAGGGCACCGUGGCGCGGCACGCGCAGCAGCUGCUGCUGGAGCGGGGGGUGUCGCUCGCGCUCAACAUCGGCGCCGAGACGCUGGAACGCGUCGCCAGGCUCACGCGGGGGCGCGUUGCGGCGACGCUCGAGCAGCUGGAGCCGCGCUGCCUCGGGACGUGUGCGUCGUUCCACAUCCUGCCCGCACGGCACGCCGGGGGCGCGGGGCGCGGCGCCGACCGCCCGCUGAUGGUGUUCGACGGCUGCGACGUCGGUCUCGGCGGGACGGUGCUCGUGCGGGCCCCUAGCGUGGAGUUGUUGCCCCCCCUGACGUCGGCAGUGGAGGCGGGCGUCGUGACGGCCGUGCAGCAGCUGCAGGAGGCGCUGCUGAUGGCGGACACGCUCGCGGUGUGCGCGCCGGCCGCGUUCGCCGCCGCGAGCGAGCGCGAGCAGCCUGGCGCCGCAGCGGACGGCGACGGCGCGCGCCCCGGGGUUGGCGGCGCCGACGCGGCUGCGCUGGCCCGCCGGGCAGCGACGGAGGUGGCGCGCUGGGCCGCAGAGGCCGCGGCGGCGCGACCAGGGAGCUACGUGCCACGGUCGCCGUACGCGCAGUGCGACUGCGCGCCCGCCGCGCCGGAGGAGGCGCGGGGAGCUGUCUUUGGGCCCGUGCAGGUGCUCUAUCGCAAGGCGAACCCGUCGCGCGGAGUGGUGUGCUGCCCCCCGUCGCGCGAGACCUUCGACGUGCUCGGGGCGCGCGACGUCAGCCUCGGGGCGUUCCUGCUCAGCGUGCUGCGGCCCGCGAAGGCCGCCCGGACCUGCUCGCACGCGCGCUGCGGCGACGGGCCCGCGGCGCACCUGCUGACGUGGGCGCUCGGGAACGCGCGCGUCACGGCCGCGGUGUACAAGAUCGACGAGAGCCGCACGCUCCCGGGCGCGGGCGACGGCCACGUGUGGAUGUGGGCCGCCCCGCGCACCAACCCCGCCGGCGGCGCCCCGGCCGACAGCGCGCAGUCCGGGGCCCGCAGGGUCCUCCUGAGCCCGGCAGUCUGCGGCAUCUCGAUCGGGCACUUCUUCGAGCUGCUGCUGUCCGCGAGCGCCGUGCACGUGGCCGGCAUGCGCCUCCACGGCGACUACAUCCGAUUCCUGGGGGUGGGGCGCAUGGUGCUGCGGCUGCAGCAGGACGCGCUGCAGCCGCUGGCCGCGCUGCUGCCGCCGCAGCGGCAGGUGCCGCACGACGGCGCGCUGGCCCGCCGCCGCGCCGUCGCGGAGGCGCGCGCGCUCGAGGCGGAGGUGGCGAGUGUGUACAGCGCGGUGGACGCCGCCGUGGCUGCGGCGGACGACGGCCCUGGCGCCGCGGAGGCCGUGGAGGAGCGCGACGUGUUUGUGCGGUGGGCGAGGGGCGCUGCGGAGGUGGCGGCGGCGGGGUCGGCGGAGGGCGCGGACGCGGCGGGCGGCGCGGUCGAGGGGCCGUGGGUUGCGGUGGCGGAGGUGGCGCGGCUGCGCUGCCGGCUCGCGCAGCGCGCGGCUGCGUGGUCGCAGCGGCUCGCGCCUCCCGCGCCGCAGGGACCCGACGGCGCGAUGAAACAAUUGACCCCCGCCUGGGUCAAGCUUGUACCAGAGGGAGUGCCCCCCGAGCAGGGCGCGGUGCCGGACGCGGCCGGCUCGCGCGGACGGGCCGACUCCGGCGCGGCGUCGCCCGCGCUCCCGGCCUCCCCGCAGCCCCCGAGCCCCGCCCCCCCCGCCCCGCGGCGCUGGUGGCGGCCUGUCGCCUCGGUGCCGCAGCUGUCCACGGACGCGGCGCAGGCCGGCGACGCCAGCGGCAGCGCGACGCCAGCCACGGCGUCCGCGGCGGCGAAGCGUCUCUUCUGCGACGCCGGGCUUCUCACCACGGAGCAGCUCCUGCAGUCGGAGUCGGGCCCGGCGUCCGACCUGACGAGCGCCGACCUGUCAGGGUCCAACAGGGACUCCGUCGGGACGAUCUCCGCCGUGCCGGAGGAGCUGCGACGCCUGCACCGCAGCAACUCGGCCGCGGAGCAGGCCCUGCCGCGCGUCGCCUCGGCGAGUGACGCCUCCGUGGAACCUGCGCCGCCGACGCCCGCGCAGGGGACCGGGCGCGCGUCGAACGCCGCGGGCCCGCGCAUGCACCACUUCAUCAGCAACAUCCCGCAGCGGCUCGACCUCGGGCCCCUCCAAGGCAUGCGUCAGGGCCCCUCGGAGGCUGACGGGGCCACCGUGGUGCCGCUGGGCUCCACCGCCUCCGCCGCGAUCCCCGGCCGCGCGCUGCUCUUCGAGGGCGUCGCGGGCGCUCCGCGGCGCUCCCCUGCCACGUCGUCAGCGGUGCCGGUGCCCGUGUACGACUCGGAGCCUGCAUCGAUCAUCGCGCAUGCGUUGGCGGCGCGCGGGUUCGCGAGCCUGGUCUCCGUCGCGCGCCAGCAGCUGUCGGGCGGCGCGGCGGCAGUCGCGCGCCCGCGCAGCCAGUCUCGUCGGCGGAGCGCCACGGGCGUGGCCCCGGCGGCGGGACUAGGCUCCGGGCGCCUCUCGCAACCGCUUGUGGGCGACGGCGGGGCCCCGCCGCGGUCCGGGACGCCGCCGCUGCCGGCGAGCAGCUCCACGCCAUCGGUGAUCGAGUCUCGCGAGGGCGUGCACGUGCGCUACGCGUUCACGGACGCGUCAGGGUCGGGGGCUGUGUUCCAAGUAGAAGCAUACUUCGCCGCGCAGUUCGAGGAGGUCCGCGCGCUCUGGCUGCCCGGCGGGUCACCGGCGGCCGCGAACGAUGGCUUCGUGGCCUCGCUCCUGCGCUGCCAGCCCUGGCAGAGCGGCGGCGGCCGCUCGGGGUCGUACUUCGCCAAGACGUGGGACGACCGCCUUGUUCUCAAGGCCAUGUCGCGCCCGGAGAAGCAGGCGUUCCUGCAGUACGCGCCCGAGUACCUCGCGCACGUCGCGGGUCGCGGGGACCGCCCCACGUGCCUCGCGCGCAUCCUCGGCGCCUUCACCGUCGUCGUGAAGAACCCGUCGGGGGCGCAGGCGGGCGCGAGCGCGGGGGCCGCGGCGGCGGCGCGCGCCGGGACAGCGGGCGGCGCCGGUGGCGCGGCGGGGGCGCAAGGCGGGGCCGCGGGGCAGGCGGCGAAGCCCGAGCGCGACGCUCCGAGGGUGCGCGACGCGUCGAUUGAUCUGCUGGUGAUGGAGAACGUGCUGGCGGGCCGGCGGCCGACGCACGUGUACGACCUGAAGGGCUCGACGCGGAACCGGCACCAGGCCGAGGUGGGGGCGUCGGAGGCGGCGGCGCUGAACGGCGCGGGCGGCGACGGCGAGGGGGGGUCGUGCGAGGUCGUGGGCGAUGUCGGAGAGGGCGGGGACGCGCGCGGGAGGGGCCCCGCGGUGCUGUGGGACCAGAACUUGCUCGAGACUCUCCCUGGCGAGCAGAUCUGGGUGGAUGCGGCGUCCUGGGCGCGGGCGCGGCGGGCACUGUGGGAGGACACAUCCUUCCUCUCGAAGCUGUCGGUGAUGGACUACUCGCUGCUCGCGGGCGUCGACCCGGCGUCGGGGCACCUGGUCCUGGGCGUGAUCGACUUUUUGCGCCAGUUCACGUGGGACAAGCAGCUCGAGACGUGGGUCAAGUCGAGCGGCAUCCUGGGGGGAGUCGCGGCCGGGCGCCCGACGGUGAUCUCGCCGGAGCAGUACAUGCAGCGGUUCCGGGAGGCGAUGGACCUGUACUUCUCCCCCGUCCCCGCGGCGACGGUGCUGCGGCAGGCCGAAACCGGGCCAGAGGAGGGGGCUGCGGGCGGCGCUGCCGGGGCGAGCGCUCCACAGGCACCGUGA